CAUCUGAAUCGACAGUAGAUUUGACAAUUGCGAAUUGACUUCAUAUUAAGAAAUGUCAAAGUUGAUAGUGUUAAAUAUUUUCUCCUAAUUAAUUUGUCGAUUUAAUUCGAGAUAAAUAAGUGAGAGAAGCUUUUGAGGAAAAUAAUGGGAGUAAUUAAGAAGACUACGGGUCUUGUGGGUUUAGCAGUUGCUGCGAACCCACAUCACACACUCGGAUCUCUGUAUGGGAAAAUACUACGUACCAUACAAAAGAUGCCAGAAACAUCUGUAUAUAGAAAAUAUACCGAACAAAUCGUCAAGGAGAGAGCCGCUGUGUUAAAGCAGACUAAGGAUGUUUAUGAAAUUGAAACCAAAAUCAACUGUGGCCAAGCUGAAGAACUUAUCAUCCAGGCAGAGAAUGAGUUGAACUUGGCUCGUAAAAUGUUAAUCUGGAAGCCGUGGGAACCUCUUGUUGCUAAGCCACCAAAGGGCCAAUGGGAUUGGCCGCCGACCAAGUCAUAAAUACUUGAAUGUUUCCUUGAAUUAGUGCAUUAUAGAAAUUUAAUUGUCAAUAAAUACUGUUAAUUUUCAAUAA